AGCUGUUCAUUUUUCUGAGAACAAUUACAAUCAAAAUCAAGCCCCCAUAGAUAGUAACAUAAACAUCGAUGGAUAGAUUUUCGAUCCAGGACGACGGCUAUCAGUCGGAUCAGGCUCAACCCGGCGAGCUGACGGCCAGGAAACUGCAGCAAGUGGGAACCCAAGAAGGCGUCCUGGAGUACAGAAAAUAUCACACCAAUCUACAGGAACUCAAUCAAAUGGCAAGGGAACACCGAGCCUUUGUGCAACGUGAGGGCCGUUGUCGUGUGCCAAAGCCGCAGGUGAUCUACAUGACCAAGGAGACAAAUACGGUCUACUCCCCGCGUGCCACAAUCCUGCAUCAGUGCAGUGACACCGUCGGAUGCUGUGAUCCGGGAUUCACCUGCAAGAUGAAGCGGAACGAGACCGUGAACCUGGUGUUCUCCGUUCACGUCAACAACAAGUCAAUGGCCCGUAUUGUCCCAAUGCUGAACCACACCGAAUGCGGCUGCGUGAAGGUGGAGAUACGGCGCAAACGGAGCACAGCCUGCCGAUGUCCCAAGCACUUUAUCGACUUUAGCUGGCCGGUAAGUCAGUUGGAGGAGGAGGAGGAGCAGCAAAAGCAGCAGGCAGAGCAGCGUUGCCGAUGCGACUGCCAUCUCAGUGAUGAUACCUGCAAGCGGCUAAAGAACGGCGAGGAGGGAUUCUCCGUGAUGGAAAGACGCCGCAUUCAAAGCGGUGACAGCAGUCCGCCGUUCUGCAAUUACGGCCCUUACGAUAUGAAAAAUGGACGCUGUCCCCGUCCGGGCUAUCAGAAUCAAAAUCAGAAUCAGUAUAGGAAUCCCAAUUCGAACCCCAAUCUGAGCUAUUAUCAGCCAGGACAUUUCCAGUCAAGGCGCCUGCAUGGCAAGAGCUAAACCAAAAUCCCCCAGAACCCCAGAACUGUGCAUAAACUAAAAACUACUUAUACACUACCACUACUUACGCUACUUACUACUACUAUUUAAAAUUUAAAGCCAUACAAAAUCCAUAGCAGUGGGAAGGAUCUUAGAGAACAGCUUCAAUAAAAUACAUCUAGUGGAACACUUCCAAUAUGUUAAGUCGUUAGUUUUAAGAGCCAUAAUAUGGAAAGAUUGCCUUAAUCUAAUGAUCCGUCGUCAUCCGUCAGUCCUGUGCAGAUUAUUUAUAAUUAAAAAAAGAAAUACUAAUUAUACAGCAUUUACUAUUUAAAUAUAUUCUCUUGGAUGCGAGAUGCCAGUGAAACCAGCCCAGAAAUGAUUCGAAUCCCAUGAAGAAGAAGUAUUGUCAACCAACAACAUUCGAGUGUACUUAAGUAAACGUCGAUUAAGUUCAUCUCUUAAGCUACUUUAUGUUAUAUAUAUAUUUGUAUACAAUUAAACGAUACUUCUAGUCACA